AACCGAAUGUGUCUCGGUGUCACUGCCAGAACACGAGUCCCAGCUCAAGCGUGCUAAUGGUUGCACCAGCCCGCACCAACACCAACCCCGCACAUAAUAAACAUGGCGGCGAUAAGUAAAGCUAUGCCUUACACAGAUGCCACGAAUCUCGAUGGGCCGGAUACAAUUGAGCAAAAAAUAAUUACUCUAGCACAAGGGAAACCCAAGGGUAUUUCUGACAAAGACUUAGCUAUCGAGAUGCCUGAUUUACAGCCAGUUCAACGAGCUCAAAUUAUAAAUAAGCUCUUGUCCCAAGGAUACUUUGAUCUUUAUAAACAAGCAGGAGUGCUGUCCUAUCGUUUGAAAGACCCAACAAAAAUUGCUAAGGGUGCCGAUAAUGAAGAGAAGAUAGUAUAUAGGAUUAUUGAAGAAGCAGGGAAUAAAGGAAUAUGGACUCGAGAUAUUAGAUUUAAAUCUAAUCUGAUGCAUACUCAACUAAAAAAAAUUCUGAAAAGUUUGGAGACCAAAAAGUUCAUUAAAGUCGUUAAAUCCGUAGCAGCAAGUAAGAAAAAAGUGUAUAUGCUAUACAACUUAGAACCUGAUGAAUCAGUAACAGGUGGUGCAUGGUAUCAAGAUCAAGAUUUUGAAACUGAAUUUGUUGACGUAUUGAAUCAGCAAUGUUAUCGAUUUUUGGAGCAAAAAAGAGAAAAAACGAAAAAUAGUAACAUCGGGCCUAUUGCUGCAAGAAACCUGACAUUUGCUUCAUCUAAAGAUGUAUGGAAAUUUAUUUCAGAUUUAGGAAUAAGCAAGGUGAAAUUAUCUGUAACAAAUAUGGAAAUGAUUUUAAAUACCUUAGUUUAUGAUGGUAAGGUUGAACGGAUACUUGCGGGAGAUGGAAGUAAUUUGUAUCGAGCAAUUCAGCCUUUAGUUACUUCACCUGGAUUGAUUAGAACUCCUUGUGGCAUGUGUCCAGUGAGGAAGCAAUGCUUUGAUGACGGGCCUGUUACAUCUAUAAAGUGCCAAUACAUUAGAGAAUGGCUAGAUUAGAAUUAUUUCUAAAAUUAAAAUAUUAAUAAUAUAAAGUAAUCUUAAUUUAAUUUUUUUACAUAUGUACAUUGUAAAUAUGUGUUGUAUUAUGAAUGUUAUGAUUUUUGUUAUAUUUGAAUAUAAAACUUACAUCAUACAUGAAA